AUGACAGAUACAAGAUCAAUGGCAAGAUCCAAGUUAACAAUGCGUAUAUGGACUCAAAACUAUAAAGAAACGUAUGAGUUGUGGAUAUCCGGAAUAGAUAAAGUGCCAAGCUGGAUCUUCGAGUACAAAGAAGACCAUACAACCAUCACCGUAAAACUAUCGCAAAGAGAUUCUUUAAAAGAAGGACUUGAGAUGAGCACAACCAUCGGAACGUCGAACAUGCCAGAUUUGAUUAAAAUGAGGGCUGAUGAUAGUCUUAAAUUUGAAGGCCUUUCGCGUAUUGAGGCUAUUGAAUUAUUAGAGUCCAAUGGCUUUGAAAGGUUUACAAAUACCCCAACAGAUGUGGAUUUAGAUUGUUUUAUUGAAUCUUGGGAUGAACAAACAUUAUCAAUUGAUGAAUCGGUUGACGACAUAGUGGACCAUUACUCAUUGGAUCGGAAACGAUCAUUAUCCAUUGAAUCGAUUGAUGAUAUAAUGAGAACAUUGAUAAAAGGUCAAGGUGAAAAGAAUGUUAUAUGUGAUUAUUUCACGCCUGUUAUUGUUGACAUCUCUCCCGUCGAUCAACCGCAAAGCAAAUUAUCUGAUGAUGAAAAUACUUAA